UUGUCAGUUGUCAAAAUUUUCCAGUGACAGAGAAAAUCGCAUGAGAUAUCGCGAUAAAAAAAUAUGUUUUUUAUAAUUUUGUAAAUUAUUUAAAAAGAAUGACGAGUGGUAUCGAGGAGAAAAUUCUUGUAGUCUCAAAAAAAGUCUUCCGUCUUAUUUAAACAUUCUCCAAACCGACAAAAUGAUCGAUAAUUAGCACUAAUGACAUCGUAAAGUGUCGGAUCUUUGUUUAUAUGCUAGAAAAUAAAAAGUAACGAUAGUUUUAUAUCAGACUAUCUUAUAAAAUAAACAUGAGGUACAAUAAGCAGGAAUUGGUAGCUCUGGCGUCGCAAACGUCGCAGAACUUUGACCGCGAGGGAGUCCUUGUCGUGCGCGAGAAACAAGAUGGAUUUUUUCGGAGAUCUGAAGGUUCUUCAGUCCGGUGGUUUCGUCUGCGUGGUAACCUACUGUUCUACCUGAAAGGUCCAGAGCCGUGGUACGAGCCGAUGGGCGUCAUCGUUCUGGGCCAACAUCAAGUCAAGGUGCAGUCUCAGGAUGAGAACGGACACUGGCCCUUCCAGAUUUUGUGGGAUAACGGCGUGUGCUAUAGAAUGGCAACGUUCCACGAAACCGAACGGACGUUGUGGCUGAAGGCAAUACAGUUGGCGUCCUACGAGAGCAUCCACACGCAGCUCGCCGCGCUGAAGGACCGCCUCAACAGGAUCAGACCCACCGUCGACAUAGACACACACAGACUGCAGAAAGGCGUCGUAGUCGAUAUGAACGAGGUACCGCUGUGCGAGCUAGCGCUCUCGUGCGAUAACCUGCUGUGUGACGCGCACGGCCGGCCACCGUCGCCUAUGGCGGUGCUGUACGUCAAGAAUCCAAAGUCGCAGUGCAUCAGAUAUGGCACCACUGAGGUUGUUGAGACGUGCAGCAACCCGUGCUUCUCUCGUACUAUAAUGUUCCGCGCAAGCGACGGUCUCGCGGGUGACACUUUAGUGCGCAUCGUGCUGUACGACGUGCGGGAGCCAGUCUCCGACACCGCCGUGCCCAUGGGCUUCACUUCAUUGAAGCUCACCACUAUACAGGAAGCCCAACGGCUUAGGGUGGCGCUAGUGACGCGCGACAACAAGACCGUCGGCUUCGUCACCAUCAACGGCUGGAGCCUCGAGCCUUCGUACAUCGGCACCAGCCCCAUCCACAACACCACCAGUAUCGACCUGCAGCAGAAGGUUCUCUGCCACCGUAGGUCGCAGUCGCUCCCCCCGCGACUGGGCGUGAAGCUCAAGUUCCCCUCGUACAGCAGCCUCAUCAAGCAGAACUUCGUAAACAGCUUCCAAGUGACGUACCGGUUCCACUCGGGCCUCGGCGGCGACAUCACCGUGCACGAGGUUAUGGCUGAGCCGAAGAUAUGCUACACCCUGCCCGCGCAGUUACUGAACAUCUAUAUCCAGCGAGAGCGGGAGCUCCUUGAAGAAUUGUUGUCAGUCGCGGAUAUAUGUGGCCAGUGGCCUGGGAGGCAGGUGGAGCUGGUCGGCACCCAUGUUUCGCUGCUCAAGCACUACUGCCACGUUAAGCGCUGCAUGCAGGGGCUGGACAACACGUUCUUCAAGGCGAGCAGCAGGAAGGAUGACCCUAGCUUGGAGUUCGCGCCAAUCAACCUGCACCUACAACGCAUGUGGGUGCACAACGACACCCUGAACAAGACCGGUUUCCAUGACGUCAUCACCGUCGGAGCCUUUGCUGCGCACACGCACAAAGCUGAGAGAACCGGUGGGCUGAUAAGGCUGGUGCAACAAGUAAAAGACAUAAACAGCCCCAAGGCCGAGAUGAGUUCGAUAACGAAUAAGAUUCACGCUGAGUACGACAACGUGGUGGCGGUGCGGAGGCUGCGAGACGAGAUCAACGACGACAUGGACCGCGUGCUGAUGAUGUUGCAGGCGAAGCAGCCGAACGGGAUACCAGCUUAUGUCGAGGCCGUAAAGAGCAAAGUAAAGAGUAUGCUCACUUUGUGGGAUCCGUACGCCGUCGAAGAUUCGCUCUCUUACAUCAGCUGUCCAAAAAGCAGUCCGAGCGAUGACCCCGAGAAUCAGACAAUGUCGACAGUCGUCCGCCUCACCGAUCAGUUAAGCAUGUUUGACACAAUAAGCUCCGAUUGCGACACUUUCGACGCGUCCUCAGGGUCCAGCUCCAAGGAGACCUCACCCACUGGGGACCUCCCGACCUUCUCUUCGAGCGUUCCGAAUAUCGAUGACUGCUCUGCAAACGCCGAAGCUGUAACAGAAGGGGCACAACUACACUUCCACCACGACUACUUCAAAUGCGAAAGGGAAGAGCGAAGCAGUCUGAACCAUUCAUUCCGUUCGUUCCGCUCGGUCAAACUGAAUGAACAGAGUCUGUCGUUCGAUUCGACGAAGACUCGGCACGGGAGUUUGAGAUACGAUUUUCGUUGUUCCGCGUCGCUGGAGCAAGUGUCGUAUCGAUGUUUGGUCGACAAUGUGGGCACCAGUGAUAAGAAAAAGUCCACCGAAGUACCUAAGGCGGCUGAGGAGCAAUUGGUUACCCAGCUGGACCAGGUGACGCGAGACAACAACCUGGUGUACCUGAAGGGCGUGGCCACACACGUGGAGGACACCCUGACGCCGGUCCUGGACACCAUGGCCGACAUCAUGGGCAAUAAGAACGGUAUAUGCACAGACGACGAAUUAGACACGGUCCGUCUGUACAUGGACAGACUGCGCACGAGUACGGACGCGGUGGCGCGGUGGUUGCGGCUGUCGCACGCGGCGCUGCGGCUCAGGUGCGAGUCCCCGCAGUGGGCCAAGGAGCACGCAGCGUUGCAGACCAGGCGCGACACUUGCUUCUCGCAGGCGUUGACAUCAACAACAGCGGGUCUAGUAUGCUGGCUGAGUUCAGUACCCGGCGACGUGAUAGUGAAGGUGUUGUCUUCGGGCUUGGGUCCGCUGUGCGGGUUCGAGGGUCUGCUCAGCCUCUACUCCACGGAGAAGGCGAUGUGGGGCGACAUGGUGGUGGCGGUCGAGGAUCUGCAGACAGUCGUGUUCACGCUCACCAAAGUGGGGCACAGUAACAUGGCAUUGCCGUACGUGAGCGGGACGCGCGGCGCUCUGAAGGUGCACCUGCCCGUCUCCGAUUCGUUGUACGCGAGGUUCACUUCUAAGGAGCACCUCUCGUUCACCAUAACGGCGGUGUUCUUCAACGUGGGCAUCAACGAGAAGGCGACGCUGGCCGAGGCGCUCGGCGAGACCACGCCGCAGUACCACUCCAACAGCGACAACCUCGACAGGCUGAACAAGUACUAUCUCAAGCACAACAAGACCUUCCCGCCGGACCACAUGGCCGCGAAUAGGGCAUCGUCGAGAACCAAACCACUUGAAGAGGUGAUGGAGAACUUGCGCAUAUCUGUUCACAAGAAAACGCCUAGGAACGUGGAAAUUUUGCACCUCGCCGCACUUGCCACCAGGCUUAUGAACGGCAUAAGGUUCACAUCGUGCAAGAGUGCGAAGGAUAGGACAGGCAUGUCGGUGACAUUAGAGCAGGGCUCCAUACUCGCUUCAGAGUACCAUCUCGCCGAGCAUGAGGUGAAGAAAGCUCUCAAUAUCAUGAGAAGCGAGGGCUGUCGCCGCGAGAAUACGUACAAGAAUAUUGGCACGAGAAAAUACGCGUUCACGAAGAAACAAGUGAUGGCCCUGCCGGAGGAGUACAGACCUCCGCCAGGUACCUACGGAUCCUCUCAUACCUAAACGACCACGGCAUAUAAACAAUGAUUCGGCAUAGAAACUUAAAUACAUACUUAUCAUUGAAGUGAAUAUUAAGAUAUCCCAAACACGAACUAUAAAUGCAAUAGAAAAUUAUUAUGGGAUUUUUUUAGUGGCCAAGUUGAAAUCGAUUAUUGAACUGGAUAUGAUUACGACACGAAUCGAUUUGUGUAUCGAUGAUGUAACUAAAAUUACAAAGUUGCAGUGAUUAUAUUUCGAUCAUCGUAAUCGCUUAUAUAAAAUUUUGCGUUGAUUAUUACCUUCAGCCAUGUAUAGAUUUUAUCAUUAUUUUUACUUUGAAAAUUUUGUCGAUAUAAUAUUACAUCUGACAGUAACUUUAGAUAUAAAAAGAUCGACUGUUUUUUAUGUUUAAGUCAAAACGAUAGGGGAUAUCUCAAUAUUCGCAUAUUUUAAAUAAAAUAAUAUAUGUUCAAUGUUUGUUAGUUUAUAUAUAAAAUCGAUACAUAAGUAUCGAUAUGAUUAUUCUGUACGCACCAUCGGUGUCUUUUUUCGAUGUUUGUUAGUCGAUAUUGAGGAAUUCAUCGUAAUUGUAGUCUUUAGAUACGGAGAGAUGUCUGUUUUAUUGAUAAGCACGGUUUGUGUCAAAGAAUUGCCAAGAAAUAGGAAAUAUAUCUGAUUUAUUACAGUAUACCAAAUAUUUUGGUAAAAAAAUAUAAUUAUACGUCGGUUUAGUUUCGCUAGAAAAUUCGACAGAUGUUUCUAUAUUCAUAACUAUACUGGUACAGCUCGAUUCGAAUUUCUUAGUGGCUCUGAAAAUCGUACGUUUUGAUGCGCAGAACACAAUAUUAGGUGCCAGAGGUGCGCAUUCCUGUUUGGGUAUAGAGCUCAAUAGUUCAAUAAUAGUUAAAUUUAUCAUUUUGGAUCACAAAACUAAAUACUAUUUAUUUGGCAUAUAUAUAAUUAACUUUCUACAAAAUAAAAAUAUUAACUGUUCGAACAGCAUAAUAACUUUAUUAUACUUUCGUAUAGAGUUUCGUCCUACAAAAAAAAAAAAAUAACGUUAAUGAAUUAGUAUUUCAUAAUUUUAUCAAUGGAGAUAUAGAAAUGAAAGAAAUAUGAAAUGAAAGUGAAUAUAUUGUCGAUUUGAUUGUACUUGCGCUCGAAGCUUACUUCACAUCCACCAAAAAGUUUAAAUCGAACUGUACUAUGUUUUACACAGUUUUGGUUACAUACAGAGGUAUACGCAUUAUGAUUGAAAAGAAAUAGGAAAAUAUUAUAUUGAUUUUACAUAAACAUCAUAAUUUUAAUUUUGAAUGAAGCGUUUGCAUUUUUCAAACAUAAAAUAUUGUGGAGUACUUGCACAAUACACAUAAUAGGGUACCGGACUCAUUUUUGUUCUUUACUAUUAUCAAAUAUUCACGUUAUAUAAAUUAUAACACAAAAUGAAUGAUUAAAAUCCGGUAAAAAAUCAACAAGUUAUAAGUCUUUGAAUGUCGGUGGAAGGGGUAAUUAACAAGAAACAGAAAAGAGACGAAAUACCCACAUUUGACGUCUUUGGGAAUUAAGACGCGUGCGAAAGAAAGAGAUGAAGCGAUAUCCCCACAUCGCGCCCACUUCUGCGCAUUAAAAUAUUUGAAACAUGAAUUACUCGCUCAUUUUUUAACCAAUUUUUAUGCAGUUUUCGCAGGAGUGCUUCUUUUUCGUAUUAUUAACCAUUACAUGUAGAAUAAUAAACAAAAUCAAACAUAGGCCGGUUCCCUAUUAUGUUAAUGACCCAAGGCUUAUAGAUUUCAAUUAAUGACCAAGUACUAAUAUGCUGUAUUACUACUUGGUUAUGAACGUCGUCACUGAACAUUUAAUGAUUAAAAUUUAAAGUUACUUUAAACUAUAAUCAGAAUGGUAUAAACAAGGUUGUUUAAUGUUACGACAUUGAGUUUCUUUACUUCUGAAAGCAAAUGUUUGCUAACCAGUUAUUGAGACCUCAUUCUAAUAAAAAAAAAAAUGAUUAUCGUUUCCUUAAUAAAAUAUAUUUUUAAUUCAUAAUAUAUAAUAUUCUUUAAAUAUAUUCAUUUUAAUAGCAAUUUUAUAUUUAUCAAACAUAUUUGACAAUGGAUCUUGCGCACUGCAGUUUGCGUAAAGUCGAUGGACUAACAGCCGCUUUUAUUAAAUGAUCUCAAUCCUAAAUCGUCUUCCGAGAAUGAAAAAUCAAAAUAAUUUAUUUAUAAGCCUUUGAAAAAGAAUUGUUCUGAUUGGUCCAUUUUCGCGAUAGAUCGAAAAAAGCGAUUGGGAUCGUUCACUGAAAAUGGCGGUAAAUGUUGUAAGUAUAAUUGGACGUAGACACGCAAAACGGAUCCAACUCACAGUAUGGUCGUAAAUGAGUCGAGUAUGCCAAACUAGUUCUAAUCUAUAAGGCUUAUAUUUCCAUUAGUCAGAAUAUGUUAAUUUGAACUUAUUAUUAACAAAAUAUAAAAUAGAAUAUCAAUGAGCAAAAAUACGAUUUAAACGUCGCUAUUCACUAUUUCAAAAGUGUCAUUUUGUGGGCUAGAUUCUUUUUGCGUAUUUAGGUCCCAUUACGAUUCCAUGUACCCAUCCUGUAAUCUACUUAACAUUCGUCGAUAUCGAUCUUAAGAAUUUAAUCGAUUACGCGAUAUAGAUUCGUUCGCGAUUCACGUUUGACUGAUAAACAAUAAUCGAUUGUUUUUAUAUUCAGGCGAGACAAAACAUUUUUUUGCGAAAUUCUGUUGAGUGACGGAGACAGGUAUUUUUCCUAAUUUUAAUAUGUAUUAUGCAAAGAUAACAAGACAAUACCAAUAUAGGAUUGAUACAAUGCUCUAUUAGCAUGCUAAUGAAAUACAUACUGUAAGUAACACUUAAAAACAUAGCGGAAAACAAUACGUUAGUAAUCUCAAGACAUAUUUUGGAAUGAACAUACUAAUAUAGUUAUAAAAACGUUCGCCUCCUAGAGCGGUCGAAUAAAAAGACUAAACGUGCUCCUUCUUUUUAAUGGUAAUCUAUUACUGAUCUUAGAAGUUAGUUUGACUUAGUUAUAGUAGAGUAGUAUGAUUUACGUUUUUGUUCGCGUGGUCUCAGUGUACUUUGGUGUUGCUGGUUAUAAAUAUAAAUAAAUAUUAAAUAAAUAAAAAAUAAUGCGGGGUUGAAGUAUGUUGCUACUUAUACUUAAAGGUAAUUGAAAAGUACUAUCUAUUAUGAUAUUGAGAAAGAAAAGUACACUAAGUUCACGCGAAGGACGACGCGUUAGGCCCACUCAUAAUCUAAAUGUUUAAUAUAGGAUGAAUUAGGUUAGAAUUUUGAAUGCUUUUUAUGCUUAGUUGUAAUAAGUUUCUAAUAUAGUACUUCCAUCUUGGCAUAUUCGUUAAUUGAUAUGUACUUAUAUAAAUUUUUCAAGAAAAAUAUUCGAAACGCACUGUUUUAAAUGUAUUGCAAGAAUCUUAUAUCUUUAAAAUAUGUUUAGUUUUCUGCGCUCCAGUGGACGAAUUGUGAUGGUAUUAUAAUAAACGCAUUCAAUUUUUUAUACAAAAAAUCAGUGAAGAUUGUUUGUAAUUAAAAAUUAUGGAAAAAAUUAUAUGAGUGAUAAGUGUAGUUUAUAUCGUAUAUUUAAAUGUAGACCAAAUUCUUCCAGUGUAGUUGCCAAUAUUACUAAUAUGUAGUUAAGUUUUCCCAGAAAACCACCGUCUUGGUUUAUAUCGCGCGUGGCAAUAACUAAUAAAUACAGAAUUGGGUGAACACGAAAUUUUGUUAUUUCAAACCAAUAGUAAAUGUAUAAUAAAGUUAGUUUGGGCAUUAUACAAAAACAGCUGAACAAUUUUUGAUGCAAGUUUUGCUAUCAUAUUAAUUUGGAAUGCAGCAUAUUUAGUUACCUCCCUAUUCAUAGAGGUUAUUUAUCUAAGGACGGAGCAUUGCUGAUAAUAAGUCAGUUUCUCAGUGCUGAUGGCAUUGCAGCCUUCGCAGUGCGUAGACAUAGGGCCGUUGUGAUUGGCUAAUAUUGAGAUACAACUUGAAUCUAAUUAGCUGUCAGAUAAACAAAGCUGAGAAACACUUGUUAUCACAGCAAUGCUCCGUCCUUAGAUAAAUAACGUCUAUGAAUAAGAGGGUUAGCCUUUAAUGUUUACAAAAUCUAACAGACUGAUAAUCUCGAUACAAAUUUGCGUGGACGGUGGCGAUAGCACACCUAGUAUUCGAAUAUAAAUAUAAAUAAGAUCCAAUGAUAACAUCGAAGUAAAGUGCAAUGAUUUACCGUUGUAUUAUUAUGUAUAAGAUAACAUAGUCUUAUAGUGAUGAUUACAACGAAACUGAUUAUCUACCUUUCAUAUAAAUAUUAGGCUCAAUACAAAAUUAAUCGACAUUAAUAUUUAUUUUUAAUUUUCAUGUAUUGCCACAUGCGAAUAAAUCCGAUAAUAUCUUUACCAAGUACUUAAAAGUAUUAGCAGUGUCAUAAAAUGUUUUCAUAUACGAUAGUAGUUUUCUAAGAAUUAUCGAUAAUUGUUAAUAUUAAUAUUUAACUUGGGAUCAGGGAUGGGCUGAGCCAUGCCUUAAGUGGGACGGUGUGCAAUAUUAUAUUGGUAUUUACUUACUGUCGACAACUCUGGUGCGAAAGCAUUAUAGAAUGUUCAUAUAUAUAUCGAUAGGCCGGGGCGAAUAAUCAAUGGUGAAAAGAAUUGAAACCUAAAUUUCUAUGUUUACGCGACAAUACGACUUAGGGCUGAUUUUAAAAUCGUCAAGUAAAUUUAUUGGACGAAUUAUUGUUUUUUUUUUAUAGAAAAUAUUUCUAAAUAACUAGUCUAUUCGUUAGAUAGAAUUUAUGCGAUGAUUUAAAAUCAGCCCUCGCACGUAUAUAUUCUUAAGAAAUAUUUUACAGAUCAUUCUUAAUAGGUUUAGGUUCUAGUUAAAUCUGUUUUCUCAGUAAUGACGAUUUGUCUUUAGUUUAUUUUCUUCCACGUGUUAUUCACUCAGUUGAUUAUGUAUGCUGUUACGCGGUAUUAAAGGUUGAGAUGUUUAUUGAAAUCUGAAUUCUGAAUACCUUAUAUGUUGCUAAUCACAUUUUCAGCAUAUAUUAUCUAAAAUACAGCAAAUCUGCAGUGCAUAUAUAUUAUAUUAUGAUGUUGCGGUUAAAAUUUAUUUGUAAAAUAAGGACUUUUUUUAUAAAUUAUGUUAUUAAAAAUGUAGAAUUGUCGCUGGACUAAUGGUUACCUUUGUUAAUAAAUAAAGAAGCGUAUUUUUCUAAAUUGUUUUAAACAGCAAAGUGUUUCAAAAAAUGUUUAAUUGUGGACAGAACAUCUAGAACUUUACAUUACAUUUCGGUACAAAACGCAAUAUUCGUUUAUGGCUACAUUAAAAAAAUAAUUAUAGCGAAAACAUUAAAUUUUAUUAUAAAUUUCAUGUAAAGGGUUUUUUAUUUUUUUUUUAUUUUAUUAGUAAAUGGGUGAAAGGCGUGGAUUUCAAUAUUAAUAUAUUCAUAAAUAUAAUAGAAAAUAGAUGACGAUGGUGAUUAUCAGUUGUAAUCACUUUUUUAAUGACAUACGCGAUUCCACAAUUUAAGCAUUCAGAAAUAUUAUUUUCUUUUUUAACUGACCCUUAACUUUCAAACAUUAAUUUUUCUUUACGUCCUUUUAGUUUUUUAGUGAUUAUUAUAAAUUUUGUUUAAAUAAUAUAUUUAAUAUAUUGAUUACUUUUAUGAAUUCCUAUUUAGCAACGAUAUAUUUAUUAUGGAUUUUGUUUUAAAUAAAUUAGGUGUUAUAUUGACUGUGUACUAGAAAAUGGCCAUAAAAAUAAUAAUGAAAUUUUAUUGCAGUGAGUAAAUAUACAGGUAUAUACUGACUGCAGUGUUUGUGAAGUAUGUUCUUUCAAUUCCUAAGCUUGUUCUUCCAAUGUUCUAGUUAGGUCUAUUGCAUCAUAUUUUUGUAUUCUAUCAAAUUGAAAUAACUUCCUCACUUACAGCAAAAGGUAAGAGUGAUGAACCUCCAUUGCGUGUGGGUCCUAAAAUAAGCUCUGCCAGUGAUACGAAAUUUAGAAUCACACUAAGCUUCUUAAAUAGGUCUAUUAACACUACCCUAGUUAAUAUAACAACUAAUUCAUUUCCUCUCGCAGUGCCAAAACAAAUGUGACUAAAUCAAAUAUUUACACUUCAUUAAUACACAAUAAGUUCUCUUUUCUCAUAUAUCAAGUAUUUUAAGCGAACAGAAACUCUGUUGGCCUUGUUUGUAAUGUAUGGAAAGGGUUCUAUCGCAUAUUUAUAUAUUUGGUACGUGGUAUUUUGUCGUAACAAUUGUUAUGGAUGACGCCGUCAGUGGCGCGCGGUUGUGCACAAAACGAGACGUUAGCGUGCGAUUAUCGAAAAAUAAAUUCAACAAAUAAACUAAAACCUUAUAGUUUGUGUUUUUGAAAAACUUAAAAAAGAAUCAUUAUUAGUAUAACCCAGAGGUUCCCAAACUUUGUUCCCAUAGAUCUCUUAUAAAAUUUUGCUGGUUCCGGUGGACCUUUUCUUAUUGCAAAGAGUGCAUUACAAGUACCGCUCAGCUAUCUUUGCCUGGACCAUUAUGUUCGAGGUCACCGUGCCAUACGACCCCAACAAUUAUUACCUGCCUACAUUGACAGGGGAAGUCAAGCCAACGUUUUAGUACUUUACAUCAAACCAUAUACAUUUCCGUGGAUCCCCGCUUACGAAGUGUGGAGCCCCAGAUUUGGUCACGCUAACUCAGACCCCCGUCAAGUCUCUCGAGUACCCCUGGAGGUCCACCUGGACCACUUUGGGAAUCAAUGGUAUAACCUAAUUUUUGUAUAAAUAUAUCAUUGCAUUAAUCGCACGCCGGCACUCAGAGUGCGACUGGGCACGUGAUAUUGUAUUUACUGUGAAAUGUCUGAUAUAUUAUAAGGGACUUGCUAAUAAAUGGUGUAUACGUCGUUAUAGUUACACAAUGUUCUGUCUCGCUUUCUCUAUCGGUAAAUGUCUGAACAAAGCGAGACAAAAAACGAUAUAAAUAUAACAGACGUAUACAAAGAAAUGCGGUUAGUAUGUUGAUUAAAAUUAAAACACUUAGUAGUUUUAAGUAGCUGCGUUCGUACAUUUUUAUGCACUAUAGUCAUUUUCUUACAGAAUUUAUUGCUAUACUAUCAGAAGUCUCUAGUUUUGAAUUAUAAUGAAUAAAAAUUCUUAUGAAAAUACAGUCUGUCUUUAAUAAUGUUUAAAUAUAGCUCUGUUUUCCCCGAGGAAAUGUAUGAUCCUACAUUAAUGUUUUUUAAUGUUUUUUUAGGCAAUUAUAGCCACAUCUCAAGAAUGUAUCGAUCGUAAGUAAUUUCUUUUUUAAAUGUUACAUUGGUCAACAGGUUCGUUAUAUUAUUGAUCUUGACAACUUAUGAUCUGCAUUUUAUUGCUUAUUUAUUUUCUGUUUGACCCUUUGUACCAUAAUUUGUGGCUACAUUUCGUAGCGCACUAUAUUAUGUUGUAUAAAUUUAGGAUUAUAGUGAUUUUGGAAAUCAUUUUUUUAUUUUGUGGUUUAAUAUGAAUUCUAGCAAGUAGAAAUCUGUCAUUGAAUUUUGGAUAAAAUAUUAUUAUAUAAAUAAUUUUCGUGGUAUAAGUUUGCUUAUCAGUUGUUGUACUUAAUUAUGGAUUUCAAUGUACUUAGUAUUUUAAGUGUUUAUGAGCAAUGCUUAUUAAAUCUUCUUACGUUUUCUUGUUUCGUAUGUUACGAGUAGUUAAAACCACAUAAACGUGUAUAUAGUUCACCCGCAAAAAGGAAGGGACAAAUGUUUUUGACUAAAACGCGUCAUAUUAGUAUAUCUUAUUUUUACGUUUAAAACUAAACGUAGUUCAGUUUAUAGAUGUAUUGUUUGAUAAUUUGAAAAUAUUCCAGCCCAAAGGAUUUCGACAUUUAUCGAGUGUUUAAUUUACUUUGAAUAUGUGCUAUUUGUUAGUGUUUAGGUAUUAGUAACGUAGUUUUACAUGGUAAAACAAAUUCAGUUUCAUGUAUAUAUAUCAACUUUUUUUUACAAAUGCACGACAAAGUAAUCCCACUGCUCUGAUGGUAAGUGGAGCGGGGUCUAACAGAAUGUCGACUGACGAGAGAUGAUUACCCCUCGACAGUCGAAACAAUUAUGCCGGCCUUUUGGUACCAGAUGUACAGGCUGAUCCCGGAACGCUUAAUACACUAUGGCGGGUUUAACACCUUGUGUACAAUGGUCGCUAUCCGGGCGGAUAUAAUAUAUAUCCUACCUAUCAUAAGUGAUAAAAUUAUUUGUCAGUAAAUUUCAAGUAUCAGAGUGGCUCCUUAAGUUAUUCAACAUUUUUGUACCGUGAUUAUGUGUUACCUCUUUAGGAGAACAUUUGCACUCUGUGGUGUUACACUAUUCCCUGUAGUUUUUUUCUAAAUCGGAUCAGAUUAGACCAACGUAUUUUCUUAUGUAAAUGUAGUGUUUAUUGUACCAAUUGAUAUAAGUUUGUGUUAUAAAUAUAUCAGUGAAACGAA